GGUCGGGGCACCUAUUGGUCGUCCCGUGGGGUACCAGCCAUACCUGCCUACCGUACCCUCUAUGCCAUCUUCACCAUGAUCUGCAACACUAACCUAACUGUCUGGCAGGUCGUUGAUAAGGUAUACCAGGAGCUCGGCGACAGAGGCUACGUGGGAGCAUAUGGGAUAGACCUGAGGCCCGCCAUGAUGGUAGGCGACCCACAGUUGGUAAAACGCAUCCUGGUGUACGACUCUCAUUACUUCCACCAGCACUGGACUGGUGAUCUCUCUGAGGGAGAACAGCGCAUAGACAUGUUGAACAGCAGUCACACGAAGGCCAUCAGAUCGAUCUUGAAGCCCUCCUUCACCUGGCUCAGCAUGCGGAGAAUGUUUCCAGCAGUGGAGGAAAAGACAGAUGUCUUGAUAAAACACUUAAUGAGCCUUUACCAGCAGCAGAAACCCUUCGUCAGCAUGAAAGCAUGCUUCUCCCGCUAUGUCAUAGACGCCGUUGCAUCCUGCGCCUUCGGCAUCAAAACCAAUGCUAUAGAAAACGAAGAUGACGAAAUUUGCAAAAAGGCCGCACAACUGAUGGAGUCCAACUCAACGCAGAUCAUGAUGAAGGCGUUGGCACAGCUCACCUUGCCCAACAUUGUGCUCUCGGCGCUCGCAAAACGAUUCACCACGCCAGUCAUAUGCUACUUCCACGAUCUGAUUAACGAAACACUGAAGAAGAGGCAGGAGUCAGGCGAGAGGCGUGGAGACUUCCUGGACAUGAUGCUGGAACGUGAAGAGCAGAUGUAUCAUGACGGGAAGACUCAAGAUCCUGUGGAAGACAUCGCUCAAACCAGCUUGUUCCUGGCGGCGGGCUGCGUCCCGACCUCCAACACCCUCACCUUCGCUGCUUUCCUGUUGGCAGCUCACCCACACGAGCAGCAGCACCUUCGUCAGGAAGUACUCAACAUCAGACAGGAACAUGGCUGUCUCACCUAUCAAACUCUCAUGCAUGCCCCAUACCUCGAUGCUGUCGUCUCAGAAACUCUGAGACUGCACCCACCAGCAGUAUUGACUGAGCGAGUGUGUUCCAACGAUUACUACCUGCCAGGGACAGGGGUGGUGCUGAGGAAGGGUCACCUAGUCACAAUACCCAUCUGGAGUCUUCAGCACGACUCCCGCUAUUGGCGCCGGCCCCACGCCUUCGACCCGGACCGGUUUCUGCAGCAACACAGACGGGACAUCACCAGCGGCACCUACCUACCAUUUGGUCUUGGCCCUAGAAACUGUAUAGGGAAAUGGUUCGCGCUGUUGGUGGUCAAGUUAGCGUUGGCCAAGAUGGUGGAGAGCUUCGAACUGCGACCAGACCCAAGACAACACCAACUGCAGUACUCCAUGUUGGCCAUGAGUCCUAGGGAUGAUGUCAGGGUGUUCCUCAGCCCCUUCAACCCUCAGGAUAUCAAGCCGGCUGAGGAUAGGCUAUAACUACGCGAAGGAUAUUCAAGAAACAGAGGCUAUGAUGAUACAGACGAAUACUUAUUGAGUAUGGCAUACAGUCAUACGAAGAAGUAGUAGUUACCAUGGUAUCAAAUACAGGUUUUAAUGUACCCAGGCCUAAAAACACUCCCUAGCUGAAUUUGGGUCUUCCAUUUUUGUUUUUUGUAUUAAAGGCUUAGGUAUACACAUCAAUGUGCUGCUACCAUUCUAUAUGAAAGAUUACAAAGUGUAGAUACAAAACUAGCUAUAAGUUCAUAUAAUACUCCCCUCUCACAGAUGGUUAGUCAUACAUGGAAUCAAGAGAGAAAAUACCUACCUCAAUACAAACAAUAAAUUAAAUUUGACUAAAUAUAACUUCAUGAUUUUCAUAAGAGCUUAACACUAACUCAUGGAAAUAUUAUAUUAUAAUA